GUAAGUCGCAGUUGAAGACAAUACACGUACUUAUCGAUACGAUAAUUUUUCGAUGGAGCACAACACUAUUUUGUGAAACGUCACGUGUCAAGUUUUUUAAUCUGUGUGCGUGUCAUUUUGUGUCGUAAUUUUUUUUUACUACAUUUUUUUGGACAAACGUGUUCAGUGUGUUAAUUAGGACAUCUGUGCGUUUGAUUGAAUUAAAACUUUUUUGAAAAUGUUAAUCGUUGUUCGGAUACAGCAUUUUUUAUAUUUCGCCAUAAAGUAAUUUGUGACUUUUUAAUUUUAUUUAAAAUAAAUCGUAGUUGUGUGUUUUUCGUUCGUGUUUCAUCAUACAUCGUUACGAUAACUCUAAUACGUGAAUCUCUACAGUAUUAUAUAGAAUAGCAAUGUAUCUGAUACUAGUGUUUGCUCUGGCUCUGCUCGGGUGCGGCCGGUCGGCGAAUGUUAACAAACACAUGCGUCUGCUUGAUUUGGAUAAUCAUAUUGAAAAUCAUGCACCUCCCACGAAACAAACAGGCGCGCGUCGCUUUCUCACGAUAACGCAGCGCCCCCGGGCGACGUACGCGCUCUCUAGCGGCGAUGUGUUGGAACUAACGUGCGACGCGGUCGGAGCGCCAGCGCCCUCUAUACAUUGGUUUAGGAAUGAUGCGCCAGUUUAUGAGUAUGACGUGGAAUCGAAUGAGCUAAUAGACAGCAACCCGACUUCACUAGCGCGGGUCAUAUCCACGCUGCUGGUUUCCAAGACUUCGGGUCACGAUGUGUAUACGUGCCUGGUUACUGCUGGGGCUAAAACUGCGAGGGCUACCACUGUUGUUUAUAGUACAGAUGGCAGCACUGCACUAACGGAACGCGCCAAACUGUUCCCUCUAGAGCCGCGCAUAGUGGUCACAUACGAGAUGUAUGUGGACACGAUAGGGAACAACAUCGUGCUGCCCUGCAGGGUCAAGGGACAUCCGAAGCCGCAUGUCUCGUGGACGGACAAUAAGGGCAAUGUUAUCAAGAAGGAUGAGAGGAUGAAGGUGCUGCGUUCAGGCGAGCUGGUGAUAUCGUCGCUUCGCUGGAGCGAUAUGGGCGAGUUCUCGUGUCAGGCGACCAACGUGUUCGGUUCGCAACUAGCUAAGACAUUCGUGUAUCCUGCUAAAGCCGGAUAAAAGAACAAACAAACAAACAAAGCGUCGAGUAUACUUAACUGGAUGUUCCUGAUAAUAAUUAAGUUUUUAUUUAGGGCUGUUCCACACAGCGCUAAAAAACGCUGCGAUUGUUCAACGUUUUUACUGCGUUUUUGCUUCUUGUCAUUUUCUGACGAAUAUACGAAUUAUUUACUUAUAGAUACGUUCCUAGGAGCUAGGAAUUAUUAUUGGUGAAUAUUUUUUUAUAUAAUAUAAUGAUUUUUAAUUACUUAGUAAAAAGUUUUAUAGUAAUCUUCAAAAUAAAAUCUGAUAUUUGUUAAUAUGUAAUAAAAAAAAUGCCAGAAUUGUGUUAAGCAAAUGGCAAGGAAGUAUUAUACUUUAUAUACGAAAAGUUUUCUUUUAUUUCAGCAUAUUUGCGAAACAAUGAAAACUUUGUAAAACACAUACACUUAAAUAACGAUUUUCGAAAAGUUACUUAAAAUAUGUAAUUUAAAUGUACAAAAUGAAACUUUAUCAAUCAAAAUUGUGAGAUAAAUAUAUGUAUUUAUUAAAAUUAAAUCAAAAGAAUAAAAUAAAAGCCCAGUUUCACUGCUUCUUGAUAAGAUAUCAUAGAAAAAUAUCUAUCAAGGUACAUUUUGAAUGCCAACUGCCGACUGCAACUUAGCCUUCAAAUCGUACCUUUAGAUUCGUUUGAGCAAUAUUUGUGUACUAAUCAAUCAAUCAAAAUAGGUAUAAUGUAAUCUUAUCCAGAGGUUGUGAGGGAGGCUUUAAAUUAAAGUACAUACAUACAUUAAAUAUAAGAUAAGAUUUUUAAAUCUUAGUAUAAAUCUAAUUUCGCCUAAACACUAGCGGCUGGCCCGCCAAGUGGUCAAAACGCAGCGUUUAACCGCUCGUGUGAAAAACCCCUUAAAAAUUGAGUCUGCCUAUUAUUUUUUUAAUAAUUUUUCGUUUAAUUUGAUGUUGUUAUUUUAAUAUAAAGAGAAACGAAUAAUAAUGUAAUAAUAAAUAAAUGAAUUUUUAAGGAAUUUUGUUUUGUUGGGUACUUGAUAUAAUUCUAACUUUUUUUUCAUUACAUUUUAAGUCCAUUUUUUUGUCAUAAGAUAGAUUUCACGUAAAAUAAUAACAGUAUUUUUUUUUCAUAACACUUUCAAUAUAAUAAUAAUGAUAGAAUUUUGGUCAAGUACCCAUCAUUUGAUCGAUUUUAUCAAUGUAUACCUACUUAUUGCGUCUUAGACUGUGAUUCAACAUAAAUACCUACAAUAAACAAAGUGAUGAAAUA